AUGCGUAUUUUCAUUACCUGUCCUUUUGUCGGACAUGCAUGUAUUCCUGUAACAUCAGAAAUAUUUCUUCUUCUUCUUCUUCUUCUUCUUUCUUUCUUUCUUUCUUUCUUUAUUGAUUUACUUCUCAUUCUUCCUUUUCUUCUACUUUUUUCUUUUUUCUUUCAUCCUCUCUUCUUUUUCUUUUCUAUAUUUUCUUUCUAUUUUCUGUAUUUGUUUCUUCUUUCUUUAUUGAUUUAUUUCUCCUUUUGUCUUUGUUCUCGUUCUUUUUCUUUCUUUUUCUUUCUUUUUCUUCUUUUUUCUUUCAUUAUUUCUUUCUUUUGUCAUAUUUUCUUUUUCUUAUUUCCCCUUUUUCCUUCUUUUCCUUUCUUUCUUUUUCAUAUAUUCUUUCUUCUUUUUUCUUUCUUCCUUUUUGUAUUUUCUCUUUCAUUAUUUCUUUCUUUAUUUCAUUUAUUCACUUCUGUGUUUUCUUCCUUUUCUUUUUUCUUUCAACUUUUUAUUUUUUUUCUAUCAGUCUUUUCUUUUUCGUAUUUUUUUCUUUUCUUUUUCCUUUCUAUUUUCUUACGUUACCUUAAUUUCUUCUUUCUUUAUGUUCAACAUUUUUCUUUGUUCAAUUUAUUUUUUACUUUAUUUCUUUCUGUUUUUAUUCCUUUUGUAUUUUUUGUCUUUCCAUUUUAUUUCAUUGUUUCUUUUGUACUUCUUGCGGUAUUUUUCUCAUCUCACUUUUUUUCAUCAUUUUCCUUCCUCCAUGUUUGUGCCAUCAUUAUCUUAUCAGUUUUUCCUCCCCAUUUUAUCAAGUCUAGAAAUGGCUUCACCUCCCUUUAUAUAAAUAUUUUCAUGUUAUUCAUACUCUUCCCCUUAUCUUUUUUCAACUUCAACUCAUAUUUAAUUCUCUUCUUGUUCCCGCCAUUUUAUAUUUUUGACAAACUAAUCCUUCCUUCCAAUUAA